AUGACAGCCGACUUGACGAAAGGUUUAUUGAGGGAUCUUAAUAAACUUCAUGAAUUUGAUGAGGAUUGUAAUGUCAUCCUCAAAAUUGGUAGAGGGUUCGACAUAAAUAGUUUUAAUGCACAUACGGUAAUAUUAAAGGCCAGGUCACAAUAUUUUAAAAAUGCCUUAAAGGAUCUUAAAAGAAACAGCAAAUUAUUUAGGAAAGAAAAUUUUCUCACUUUGGAAGUACCUCAUAUCUCUGCUGAUGCUUUUAAAAUUAUUUUAAGAUAUAUUUACACGGGAACCAUUUCCUUGAAUGAUAUCGCGAAUCAAGAAUGCGUACUAUUCAUGCUUGACUUGAUAAUUGCGGCCGAUGAAUUAGAACUUAACGAUUUAGUGGAUUACUUACAAGAUUAUAUUAUCGAAAAUCUUUCAGAUUGGGUUAAAAAUAAUUUAAUUAAAAUUUAUCAAGCAUCAUAUGGUAGAGAGGCAAUUCAACAAUUACGUAAUCAUUGCGUUCGCUUAAUUGAGGAUGAUCCUCGAUUAGUGUUUAAAUCAGACCAAUUUUAUUUAUUAAAAGAAUCGAAUCUAAUUGAUUUAUUGAAACGGAAUGAAUUAGGUUUGCAAGAAAUUGAAAUUUGGAAGUAUUUGAUAAAAUGGGGGGUUCAACAGGAUCCUCCUAUCGUGGAUUUAGAUAUUAAAAAUUGGGAUCUUAAGGUUUUUACGAAAUUACGAGAUAGAUUAAGUAAUUUAAUUCAGUACAUUCGAUUCUUUACCAUAUCCGCUGCUAAUUACUUUGAAGAAAUUCGUCCUUAUGGAAUGGUAUUACCAGAUCAAUUGAAAGAAGAUAUAGAAAGGUAUUAUAUCAUACCAAAUAGUUUACCACCCUCACAUGCGCUACCACCAAGAAUUUUGCCUAAGCGUUCAAAGGUUAUGGUAAACCUACCACCACCUGUUUCGAAACCAAAGGAACUUAAGUCUGAUGAUAGUAAUGAUGGUGAUGAUAAAGCUAAAGUGCCUAAAAAAAUACCUAUUCCCGAGGACGCCAUGUCCAUUUCUUCGUCCCAGACGGAUGAACAGAUGAUUCCUUUACGUAUCUCUACGACAAUUCAUGCUAGAAACGAUUCACAGUCCUCCCGAGAUAGUUUAUUAUCACCAAGUCCAGACAUAGAUUUCGAUUCUGUAUUAAUUAACAAACAUCAAAUUAAACGUAUAUCACGUUGGAUUGAUGGAACUUAUAAUUUAGGAAUUCACGGUGACAUAAAUAAUAUAAAUAGGUUUAUUUUAUUGACAAGAGGAAAUAGGGAUGGCAUGUCAGGAGACGAUUUUCACUCGCGAUGCGAUAAUAAAGGACCAACCAUAGUGUUGGCAAAAGUUGACAAGACCAAUGUUAUCGUUGGAGGAUAUAAUCCCAAUUCAUGGAGUAGUUCCAACGAGUGGAUUGAUACGAAUCAAUGUUUUAUAUUUUCAUUCAAAUCUGACGGGUGCAGAGAAGGGAUUGAUGAUAUUAUUCUGAGUAGGAUAAAAAAUCCAAGCGUAGCGAUUUUUGACGGGGAUAGUAAUUACGAUAUUGGAUUUAGUGAUCUACAAUUAUUUUCCGGGAAAUACGAACAUAUAAAUUAUGAAAAGAAACUUAUGAUUGAGAAAAAUUUUACAAUUAUAAAUUACGAAGUUUUUCAGGUGAUAAUGAACUAA